CAGCGGAGGAAGCUGGGGUCAACUCCCAUCACAGAGUGCAGCCCCGACGGUGAGGGCUGAGCCGGCCUUUGAGGUUGGCUGACUGGGGAGCCGUCCCUGGAGGAAGUGGGCCCUGGGUGACCGUCCUGCAGCCGCUCGCCUGGGCCGCCCCACCUCCGCCCCCGCAGCCGGGCCGAGUGAAGGAAGGUGAGACUCCGGGCUCACCCGCCGUGUACCCCACUCUGCCUCGCACAUUCUCUAGGCUUCCUCGCGGCACAUCCCUCCCGCGCGGUCCUGGGCUGGGCGUUGGGAGAUCGGGGUGGGGGGUGGGGUGGGGAGGAGGGUGGGCGGUGGGAAAGGCCCUGGGGCCGUGGGCAGUGGGCGACCUGGCAUAGGCCCGCUGAGCUCCUCCGCCCCAGACCUGCUGGAACUGAUGUUGCUGCAGAACGCGCAGAUGCACCAGCUGCUGCUGAGUCGCCUGGUGGCAGCAGCGCUCCACCCAGGGCCGGCUCCGCCCCACCCCCACCCGCAGGUCUACCUGGAGGGUCAAGAGGAAUAUGAGGAGGAGGAGGAGAAGCAAGUCCAGGAGGAAGGGCCUUCGGUGUUCCACCACCACUACCUCCCCUGCCCGAUGCCCAGUCCGGGUCCCCUGCUACCCUGGCCAGUCCCUUUUCUUUCCCCGCCCCCGCAUCAGCCUCACUUGCAGGACACGUCCAGGAUUCAGCACCACCCUCCUGCCUCUGGGAGAAGGGGGUCGAGAGCCAUCCCCCCGCCCCCACCCCCCAGUGCCACAGGGACUGUGGGUGCGGAUGUACCCCCGGCUUCAGGUAGGGGCAGAGUGGGUGGGCAGUGGGGCCCAAGCCCAGGCCGGGGAUGGGUCAGGAGGCCAGGAGGGCCGUUUGGGGGACAGGGAGCUCCUACCACCACUACUGUAGGCAACUGGCCUGUCCCUUUCCUUUUCCUUCCUUGGGGUCCAGUGAGGCAGGAAGGGAGCCAAGGCGAAGGUACUGUUCUCUCCCCAGACUACUAUGAUGCUGAGAGCCUACCAUGAGGACAGAUGCCAGCCCUGGGACCCUGCCAGCUUCACCGCAGGGCUGGAAAGAGCCCUGGAGCCCUUACGUGCCCCUCUAGUGCCUGUGACUCUGCACGAAUGCCCAGCAGCCCUUCUCCUCCCUCAGCUGCAGCCAGGCCCUCUCCUGGGUGAAUCAAUACACUCUUCACCCCACUGAAA